CCCGCUCGGGCGCAGUCGAGGUGGUUGACGACACUGCAUCGAGUGAGAGACCCUGUCGCAGCCACGAGCAAUUGGUGCUACGUCAAAUCAUAUCGCCUCAAUUUUGUCUGCGCUGUCCAUAUCGUCGCUUGUGAUUGUUUACCCCACACCUCCACUGCACCUGCCGCCCGGUACCUGAGCAUUCCACGGCGCAUCCACAUUCCACGUCUACGUUAUCGAGGCUCAAUUGAGACACUCAUCCACCAUGCGCAACGUCUUCGCGCCUCUUCUCCUCGUGUCGCUGGCCCUUGCAGCGCCCGACACACUCGCCGCCUUCGAGCCCGCGCUUGAGCCGCUCGACCAGCUCGUCACCUCCAACAACGACACCAGCCUUAUCGACAACGUCGCCGAGCUCCUCAAGCGCCAAAACAAUGUCUGCGGGAGCAGCAACUACCAGUGCAGCAACGCCCCCAGCCUCUGCUGCCCGCGCACCGCCAUCUGCUCUGCCGACAGCAACAACAUUGUCGGCUGCUGUCCGCAGGGCAAGGCAUGCACUGGCACCCUCGGCGCAUCUGUCACCGGCAUAGCCACAGCAUCAACAACUCUCCCCAUCGUGAGCGCCUCCACGACAUCCGGCCCCUUCGUCCAGACCACGACUGCCGCCGGCGGCGCUUCAACGGUAUCCAACGCCUUCUACCCCUUCCCCUACAUCGCCACGACUUACGACAACGCAGCUGCCUGCUCCAGCGCUUAUACGCGCUGUCAAAGCGAUGCUGCAAGCUGUACGAACGCGCUAGUCGGCGGCGCGCAGGGCGUCACAAUCAGUGCGCCCAACGGCGGCGCGACCAUCACCGCAGUGCCGAGCUUGGGCACGCAGAGUGCAAGCAGCAUCUGCGCGAGCCUGAGCCAGGAGGCGUGCUACGGGCUGCAGGUCGCGGCCUGCCAGGCGUUCGGGAACGCAGCGCCCACGCGGUGCGCGGGGUACAUGGGGGCCGUGGGCGUUGCACUGGGAGUUGCCGGGCAGCUGCUAUAAUACGGGACGAGCAGACACCAGGCGGAGAGUAUCAAGCGGAAAUUACGAGAUUGGGGUUUUCAUUGUCGAUAUUCCAGCGCGAAAACGGGCGCGCUUGGCCUCGGCCAGCGCGCACUUGCACUUGCACUUGCACAUGCACACGGGCGUUAAUGUUUCACGCCUCCCCACGAAGUUGAUAGAACGAACAAGUCACGAACUGCC